AUGUUACAUCUUAAUUGCAAUUCAAUUGGGAAUGAAGGUGCUCAAUAUUUGGCAAAUGCAUUGAAGAACAACAUAUCUCUCACAACACUGAUAAUUUCUCGCAAUCAAAUUGGUCUUGAAGGAACGCGAUAUUUUACUAAUGCGUUAAGAAAUAAUACAACGCUUAAGAUUCUAGAUCUUGCACAUAAUCGAAUUGACAACGAAAGUAUCCAAUUAAUUGCCAAUGCAUUACAAAACAAUACAACAUUGACCACUCUACAUCUCGGUUGGAACCAGAUUGGUACUGAAGGCACACGCUCUCUGGGAAAUGCAUUAGAAACUAACAGUACACUCACAACUCUGGAUCUUAAUCAUAAUCAAAUUGGAGCUAUGGGUACACAAUAUCUCGCCAAAGCAUUAGAAUGUAACAUAACACUCAUAACUCUAGAUCUUACUCAUAACUAUAUCGGCAAUGAAGGCGCACGAUAUCUCACUGAUGCCUUACACAAUAAUAGGACGCUCACAAUGCUAAAUCUUGCAUGGAAUAAUAUUGACAAUGAAGCCACACAAUAUUUCAUGAAUGCGUUACAAAAUAACACAUCACUCAUAAAUCUGGAUCUCACCAGUAACAAAAUCGAUGUUCAAGGUGCGCAUUAUCUACUCAAUUCAUUAGAAAAUAAUAAAACACUUACAAAUCUAAAUCUUGCUAAUAAUCAAAUCACGAUUGAAGAUGUACAAUAUCUGCGAAACAUUUCAAAAGAUGCUUUAACACGAGUUCAGUUCUAA